CUCAGCCAUCUCAUUCAAUCUGUCAUCGUCCUUACAGAGCCUGUCCGCCAGGAACUUCUUCAUUCGAUUUAAAUCACCUUAUAACUCUUUCUUGACGCAGUUUCAACUUAAUCGGUCAUGCCUCCAAAAAAAAAUCAAAAGAAGUCCAACCAGGGCUCAAAAUCAGCUUCAAAAGUUGUUUCGAAGGCAGCAACUCCUCAGACGCCUGGUACACCUUUAGAAGCCAUCCCACCUCCAAAGCCCAGUACUAUCGUGGUAGGAAUCAACUUUGGUCAAACUGCCAGUAGCGUUUCCCUCAUCAACAAAGACGGAUCGGCUGAUUGUAUUGCCAACGAUGAUGGAGAAAGGCAGAUACCCAGUGUUGUUUCUUACUCUGGUGCCCAAGUCUACAUCGGUAAUCCAGCUCGUCUUCAACUGGUCAGGAAUCAGGCAAACACCAUCGUCGGUUUCAGAAACUUGUUAGGCAAAACCUAUGAGCAGGUCAAAGACGUCAAACCUCUUUACAACUCUGCUCCAUUAAUCAACAAGGACGGUCAACCUGCUUACUCGAUCAAGAUCCAAGCCGAUGAAGACUCGCCUGAAUCAGCCCAAGAACAUAUCAAAACAGUCACUGAGAUCAACACUAAAUACUUGGAGACCUUGUUACAAUAUGCACAAGAUUUCGUUGGUCGCAAACCAGACGCAGCUGUCUUCUCGAUCCCAAGUUACUUUGAUGCCGCCCAAAUCGAAGCCCUUCGAUCAAUUGCGGAAGAUAAACUAGGCGUCAAGGUCUUACAGUUUAUCGAUGAAGCUACUGCGACUGCCAUUGCAUAUGACCUGGCCGACCUCAAGUCUGGCCGACGUGAAGCACAAUCGAACGUGAUUGUUUUGGAUAUCGGGGGUAGCACAUCCACAGCGACGGCCUUAUGCCGCCGGCACGGUUUAUAUGUUCCUCUAGCCUCUAGCACUGAUACACGGAUAGGUGGAAACCAAUUUGACAACCAAUUAAUGGAAUAUUUCAUCAAAGAGUUUAACAAGAAAAACAAAACCAAUUUGAACAUGUCCGACGAUCAGAAUCAUCGUUCUUUAGUGAAACUAAGGCUUGCGGCCGAAGUUGCGAAGAAAACGCUCUCAGCGUCGAAUUCAGCAAACUGUAGUGUUGACAGCUUGUUUGAUGGAUACGAUUUCAGUGGAAGCAUCAACCGUAUGCGUUGCGAUUUGCUUCUCAACAAACAUUAUGCUGGAAUUGUGACUUUGAUCAAUGAGACCAUUUCGAAGAGCGGAUUGGAGAAAGAGGACUUUCACGAGCUGAUUCUCGCAGGUGGCUCCGCGAAGCUGCCAAAACUUUACGAUCUCGCACAAGCCCUCAAUCCCCACAUCCAAGUUCAAUCCGCAAUCGAACCGGACGAAGUCGUAGCUAUCGGAUGUACAUUACAAGCAAGACUCAACGUGCAAAACUAUCCGCUCGAUUCUGAAAAAUUCAAAGCCGAAUUUACAUCUACCUUAACGCCAGAGUGCUCUGCAGUUGAAUGUUUAUCGAAACCUAUCGGUUUACUACUACCAUCAGAUGACCUCACCUCACCUCAUGUGAAAGACGGCAAGCGAUUUGUCACACUACUCGAUGCCUUUACACCUCUCCCGAUCAAACAGUCAUUCCAAAUUGCAUUAUCUAAAACUGGACAGAGUGGUCAAAUCCCUAUUGACAUCUGGCAAGGGGUCCAGUCGUUCAAGGUCGAAGAGCCUAAGCCAAACGGACACGGUAAGAAUGAGGCAGAUGAUGAAGAGGAUGAGGAUGAUGAAGACGAAGAGCCUGUACGGACUCGUGUUGUUCACCCAGAGUGUGCAGUUGCUCAUGUGGAUGUUCAGAAUGUUCAAGCUGGAGAGAACAUCACAAUCGUCCUGACAAUCGAAAACAGACAGGGUAAAGUUCAAGUCUCAACUGGCUCAAAGGGUACUGAAAACAGUGUACAGGCUGAGUUCAGCUUAGGUUCAUAAUCUUGAUAUCCUAUCUCGGUUGGCUGUGUUGUGGAACUCGGCAUCUUAUUUGUUCGUCCUUUAAAGAAAAAUCCUAUUUGUCAUAGAGGGUACCUGAUCUUGGGGAGUGUAAUUCAAUGUGAGGAAUAGAUGAUCCUAAUGAAAUUGUGGAAAGUUGCAAUGAAGGUACACACUCGUUCAUUUGUUGG